AUGUACAUUGUAAUUAUAAUCAUUCUAUUUUCUACUGUCCUUUCAAUCCCUCCAGCAUGUUUCAUAAGUUGUACUAGUGAGAUUGCCAGAACUUGUGCCAAUGGAUUGACUGAUUUGACAUGUCUUUGUAAUAAAGAAGACGAAAUUGUAACUUGUCUAGUUGAUAUUUGUCCAUUUGGUGUAUUUGUGAGUGCAAGAGAUCAUUACAUUGGAACCUGCUUAGAGCAUGGCAGACCCACAGUCACGAAUCCAUUUCCACCAGAUGCAAUUUGGCCACCAUAUCAAGAUCAAGAACCCGAGGAACAACCACAGGUACCGGAAGUUGUUGAACAACCUGGGGAACAAGAAUCAGUGGAGCAGCCACAGGAGCUAGAGCCAGUUGAACCGCCACCAUCUCCACCACAAGAGCCAGCCCCCUUUGAGCAACCACAGCAACAAAAACAAGAUACUACUUUUAGAACACAAUUCACUAAAACCCCCAAUCUUGCAACACACACGCUUGCGUUACCAACUAAAAGUAAAGUUCCUUCACAUUCAAAAAACAGUAACCAUCCUGCAUCCGAUGACUACAAUAAUGGACCCAACAAAAAUUUUGAUAGCGAUGGUUCUGAUGAUGACCUAUACGAUCCAAAUUCUGUUUGUGAAUGGGAGGAAACUGAUGCCUUAGACGAGAAUGGAGACUUCAUUAUCAUUCGAAGACCAAUCAAUGUUCCCAAGAAAUAUCGUAAUCCGUCCAACGUUGGAAACACCAGGAGAGUGUUUAUCAAGCGGCCAGUCAACUACUAUUCACACGGAAAUAUAGAAGAUUCGGAUCCACCACGUAGAGCCCAACGUGUCAAAAAGAUAAACACCCUGAAAUCAAACAAGAAAAGCAGUAAUGGCUCGUCCAAUGUCUAUUCAAAGUCUAAAGCAUCUACCAAGAAGACUCCUAAAAAGCCACCCCAAACUCUUGCUUCCAAAAUGAAUGAACAAAAAAAGAGAACAAGGGUUAAUAAAAAAUCAUUAUAG